AUGAAGUCUCCGGCGAAGAUAACCGAGAACAGGUUCUUAGGAAACAUUACAAGCUCUUCCUUCAGAAAUUUGCUUCCCAGAUCCAUCUCCGCGAAGCAGAAACCAAUCCAAAAUCCAGAAUCUAAGAUUCCCAGAUCUGACGACGAGAACGCGAUUCAUGUAGAUCUAAACAUACAGCCUACUGACAAUCACAGUCCUCUUAAGCUCACAAAGCAAUCUCCGACGAAAUUGCUCCCCUCUGCGACCCAGAUUCCGCGAUCUGACGCAAAGGACGGUGAAACUCUAGAAAAUUUCGGAGAGCCAACUGAGGUCGAAUCCAGGAGUGUACUCUCUAGAAGAACCAAUUCAGUGCUUAGUGAAAUUACAGAGGAAGACGACUCGUUGGGUGAUCAGAUUCGAGAGCUAAAGGACGAGCUCAUUAGAACAAAAUCUGAUGGAAGUAAGAGUGGACACUUUGCGCGUGACAGUUUGAGUCAAUUGAGAGUCAGUAUCAACAAAUCUUUACACAUGUCGAGCCUGAAAAAAGAUGAAUCUGAAGGGGAAGAGAUGAAUGUGGAUCGUGGUGAUGAUGUGCUGGAAUUGAAUAAGCACAUUGAGAAGUUUCAUGGCUCGUAUGAUUCUGUUCACUCCUCGUUUGCAAGUGGUUCAUGCUACGAAGCUGACUCGAUGAGUGAAGACGAUAUCUGCUCUGAAGACUUGGAGAAACCAAAGCAUGGGAACCAUCAAGAUGUUGACUUUGUAGAAGAGCCAGUUUUCUCUGAAUCUCCAAAAAUCAAGAAUUUACAGAAGAGCGUGUCCGCAUCAACAAAGUUUGUAGCAAGUCCUAGGAAUGUGUCUGGGAGCAUGAAAGGUGAUCAAGUGAGCCCUUCUAUGUCAAAGAAGCUUUCAGGCCAUACAGAUUCUCUAGCUGCAAGCCUUCAGAGAGGAAUGCAAAUUAUAGACUAUCAUCAACGGAGCUCACUAUCAAAGAGCUCUUCUGUUUCCUUCUCUUUUGGCAAUCUGGCAUUGAAGCCUUGCGCAGAAGCUGAUAACCUUAAUGCUUCGGUUCAAUCGUCAAGAAAAGAUAAUUCUCCAGAAGGUGGAAUGUCGUCGAUUCUCCUAUGUCUUACAUGCAGAAACAAACUUGACCAAGAAGCUGAAGCCACAGAGGAAGCUAGUUCGUACGAAAAGCAUCUCAAGAACAUGUGUAUGGAGCAAGCAGCUAAAAUUGAGGAGCAUGUUAGUGAAAAGGAAGCUCUUCUCAAGGAGAUUGGAGAGCUAAAGAGAAAGCUGCAGCCUACUAAGUCUUCAGACAGUCUGAGAUCCUCUUUGAUGCUACGAUCCAUUCAAAUGCGCAAAAGCAUCGAUGUUACCAAGAACGCAGACAACAGCGAUAUCCUAGAGAAAGAAAGGGAAAUGUGGACAGAAAUGGAGAGUGAGUGGAUAUCUCUAACAGAUGAUCUCAGGAUGGAUAUCGAUAACCACCGCAGGCACGCAGAGAAUCUAGAGACUGAGCUCAAACAAGAGAAGUUAGCCACAGAGGAGUUGAAUGACGCGCUAACUCGAGCUGUGCUUGGCCACAGUAGAUUCAUUGAGCAGUACACAGAGCUCCAGGAGAAGUACAAUGAACUAGGGGAGAAGCACAGUGUGAUGAUGGCUGGAAUAACGGAUGUAAAGAAAGCAGCAUCCAAGGCCGCUAUGAACGGUCGCCAUGGAAAGCAAUUUGCCAAAGCCUUUUCAGCUGAGCUGUCUGCCAUCAGAGCUGAGAAGGAGAAGGAAAGAGAGCUUCUGAAGAAGGAGAACAAGGGCCUGAGAACUCAGCUGCGAGAUACAGCUGAAGCUGUCCAAGCUGCUGGUGAAUUACUUGUCAGGCUUAGAGAAUCUGAACAAGCCUUACAAGUCUCUGAGGAACGAUUCAGCGUGGUGGAAGAAGAGAAAGAGAGUCUGAAGAAGCAAAUGGAGCAGAUAAAGAGCAAACACAAGAGUGAAAUAGGGACAAUGAAGCAAUAUUUAGCAGAGAGUAAAUUACCAGGAUCAGCAUUGUUGCAGCAGUCAUGGUGGAAAGAUGAGGCAGAAGAUGGAGAAGAACAAGUAUCGGAACAUCGAAGCAGAGCUGUCAGUUUGGAUGACUACGAUGAUGAUGAGGCUUGGAGAGCAGAGUUUGGAGCCACAUAUCAAGACCACCAUUACUGA